AUGAUAAAAGUCGUCCCUCCUGGAGAGAGAGACGCGGUCAGGGGUGUCGGCACCCUUGACCUAGAUGGAAUUGUAGGGCUCCUUGCUGAGGCGCAGGCCACUUCUGCUAUUAGGACUCAGUUGGAGGCGGCCCAGAAGAAAAAUAAUGAGUUGGAGGCGACCAUCCAGAACCUCAAAGCCGAGUUGAGGCCUCUCCGUCAAAAGAUGUCCUCAUACGACACCUUGGAGAAAUCCUUGGAGCAUGUCAAGGAACGCUUGGCAACCCAGGAGAAGAGACUCACUGAAGAGCUCUCGGCCAAGGCUGAGCAAGAGAAGAAGGAUUUGUUGUCAAUCUCUGGUAAAUUUGCAUUUGAUUAUAAAUGUAUUCAGUUUCAGCUUCCGAAUUUGAAGAAGCUUUGUCUGAUUAACCUUUCAAAUGUGCCUGAUUGGGUAUGGUCUUUGUAUACAUUUGCCCCAUUUUUACAAGAUUCAACUCUGGUGUUUGAGACGACUGCUAAACUACCGCCUAAUGUAAUUUCUCCUCUGAAUUUGCAUUUCCUCGAUUUGAAGUCAUUGGCGCUAGCUUUGAUUCCCGGUAUUAUUCAAGUUUCUAUUGAUGCGCCCAAAUUAACACAUCUUAUUAUAAAUGGUUGUGUUUUACCUUACACUUUUCGCCGUAUUCCAACUGAAUUAAUCAAAGCGUGUAUUGAAUUGAGGAGGGAGGAGGAGGAGGAAGAAGAUGAGAAUGAUGCAGAGGAUUUUCACUGGGUUUCUGAAUUUUUCAGAGGAAUGUCUAGUAUUACCAACUUUGAGAUUGUGGUGUUCAGGAGUAUUAAUAUAUUCUCUUUCUUGAAUUUAAAUCCGCCCAUGUUUUUUAAUGUAGUCCGUCUUGAAGUGACCUUGAAUGGGUCUGAUUUUAGUGGUUGGAAUGAUUUGUUAGUUUCGCUGCAAUGCUUUCCCAACUUACAGCAUCUUUGUGUGACAUUCGAUGUGAUGGGUUUUGUUGAUGAACUGGUGCAAACAAUGUGGCGCUCACCAGAUAUUGUACCAAGCUGUCUAGUUAAUAAGCUCGAGAUGAUAAAGAUAAUCGGACUACCACUUAGUGGGAUUGCUGCUGGGCUCAUGUUGCUGAGGUACAUCCUACGCAACGCAAAAGUUUUGCGAAAGCUUUACUUUGGUGCUUGGUUUGAUGAACAUUCUCAAGCACAAGAACUCUGGAAGGAACGUAAGUUCUGUAAGUCCUUGUUUAAGCUUCCAAGGAGCUCGCCGACUUCUAAGGUUGUCUUUUCUGGAAGGUUUAUUACCUCAUCAAGUAAUACUUUCAAGAAAGGAAAGCUUACUUGUAAAAUGACCUAGCCAGGUUCAUUGACUAUAUUCUUCCAACAUUAAAGGAUGCAUAUGCAGAUCAGGUAAUCACUACCAAAUUUCCUUUUGAAUUUGCUUUGAUUAAUUUAGUUUGAUUUAUGCUUAUAACCACUUUUAAAUGUGUUAGAUUUGUGUCAAUUGUUAAAAUGUUAGCUUGCUAUGAAACUGUA